AUGCCACAAACGCCGCGUAAAGUUUCGGAAAAUAUUAUGUACCACAACCUUGCCCCAUCGUCUAUUUUGAAAAUCGAGCAAAAUAGUCCAAGAGUUCCUCCUAAGCGACUGCACGCUGCAACAAGAACGUAUUCAACUAAAGUCUUGACCGAGGAUACUAUGAAUCCAAACAUGGUCACUUUGCAGUACGCAGUCACUGGACCAAUAGUGGUUAGAGCAAUAGAGAUAGAGAAAGAACUUGCCAAGGGUGUCAGCAAACCUUUCAAAAAUGUGAUUAGAGUAAAUCUUGGCGAUGCUCAGGCCAUGGGACAAAAACCAAUUACGUUUGUUAGACAGGUGCUCUCAUGUGUAUCAAAUCCCUCGUUGAUGGAGACGGGAAUGUUCCCAAAGGACGUGAUUGAACAUUCAAAGGCAAUUAUAAAUGAUUGCGCAGGUCAAAGCAUCGGCGCCUACACUGAAGACUUUGGAGUCAGGGUGAUCCGAAAGCAUAUUGCUGAUUAUAUCACAAAGCGAGAUGGGGGAAUCCCAUCAAAUCCGGAGAAUGUAGCCCUUUCUACUGGUGCAUCCGGUUCGAUCAAACAUGUCUUUGAGAUGUUUGCAACUCAUGCUGAAAAAAAGGUUGGAGUCAUGAUUCCCAUUCCUCAGUUUCCGCUGUACUCAGCUACUAUAGAAGAAUUCGGUCUUGGCAAGGUUGAAUAUUACCUUGCCGAAGAAAAAAAUUGGGGCCUUGAUGUUGAUGAAUUGGAGCGAGCAUAUCAGGAAAAUUCAGAGAAAUAUAACGUAAAAGUGCUUUGCGUGAUAAAUCCGGGAAAUCCGAGUGGCCAGGUACUUUCUAGACAAAACAUGGAGGAAGUAAUUGAAUUUGCUUACAAGCACCAUCUUUUUUUGAUGGUCGAUGAAGUUUAUCAAGACAACAUCUAUGCCGAUGGCGUUAAAUGGCAGUCGUUCAAAAGGGUUAUCAACGAGAUGGGAGCGCCAUACAACAAGAUGGAGCUUGCGUCUUUUCACUCAUCGUCAAAGGGAUAUAUGGGAGAAUGCGGAGUGCGUGGAGGAUAUGUUGAGUUCUUCAACCUCGAUCCUAAACCCUACUUCCACCUCGAGAAGAUGGUUUCUGCCAAAAGUGGCUCGAGCGUCUUGGGUCAGACCGCAAUCGAUUGCAUGGUAUGCCCGCCAAAGCCCGGUGAUCCUUCUUAUGAUCAGUGGUUAAAGGAAAAAACAGCAAUCCUUGAUUCACUCAAGGAAAGAGCGAAGCUAGUCGAAGAAACAUUUGGAAGUUUAGAAGGAAUAAGUUGCAAUAAACUUCAAGGAGCGAUGUAUGCAUUUCCACGACUUUUACUGCCAUCAAGGGCUGUCGAAAAAGCCAAAUCUCUGCACCUAGAACCGGACUUCUUUUAUGCUAAGCAGUUACUGGAAUCCGCCGGCAUUUGUGUAGUGCCAGGAAGUGGCUUCGGACAAAAAGAGGGUACCUACCAUUUUAGGACAACGAUACUUCCGCAGAUAGAUGUGAUGAAGGACAUGUUGGCUCGGUUCACGUCAUUCCACAAAAAAUUCAUGGAAGAAUACAGAUAGAAUGUACUGUAUUCCCCACCAUAGCAUUGACUUACCCUCUUGUACGAGUUUAAAUUUUGUAGCACGUUAAAUCCUAUCAAAACUGAUUACCUUUUGAGUGCCAGUUUCUAGUUGGUAGAUAGUUAUGGUGCCCAUUAGUACUAACCUCUGCUGUUGUUGAA